AUGUGGUUGCCUGCGGCUCUUUCUGCCCUUCUCAAGUCGGAGGGGUCUGUGGACGGUGAGAGGAUUGAGGCCUCUCCCGAGACUCCGAAGUCCUGGACAGCACAAACACCAUCAAGGCUGCGGCAUCGACUUCGAUGGCGACUGCCAGCUGCAAUGGAAGCACAGGAGGCUGCGCCCAACCCGGAGCUCGGAAGGUCUCCGGGCGCGACACCGUGCGAGGAGGGCGAGGAGGCGCCAAGGAUAGCUUGCGAAAAAAAGGAGGAGAAAGAGGAAGAGGAACCAGACUUGCCAGAGGCGAAGCAGGUGCAGCCUGAAGAGAGGGAAGAUGUCAAGGACUGGAAGCGGCGGAAAGAAGAAGAGCUACAGAGGCGGGAGAUCUUCAAAGCAGCCAUGCUCAAAGAGAAGCAGGCACAGGAGGCCUUUUCGCCGCCGCCGAGGACCGUGGAGAUGCCAGAAGAAGGCGCUGACGAAGCCACUGCGUUCUCUCCGCGGGCGCUCACCUUCCGGCGCCCCCUUGCAGCAUCGCCGAUGGCGGGGCGGCUGGCACCCCGUAGCCCACCGCCCAAGUCACCCAGCCCCAGGUUGACGGCACCCUUGCCGUUCGCUGAAAAGCCCUCAAGGCUUUCCCCACCGGCCUCACCUCAGCCGAGCGGCCUGUCGCCCGAAUUGCCUUCGGCACUGCCAAGCCACUACGAGCGGUUCGCCAAGCGCGAGGACUGGGACCGCACGUCUCAAGCCUCGUGGGCCUCGGACCAGGACUACGCCAAGGAUGUGAAAGCAGCCCGGGCGAACUUGAAGGCUCGGAAAGGAAGCAAGGAGAAGUACGACCGCACCAAGUCACCCUCCACCGUGCCACUUUCGCCCGCCAAUAGUCAACUCUUCUCUCCCAGCAGCAGCUUCCUGUUUCCGCCCAGCCCGGCUUCACCGCAAGUGAGCCCACUUGGCAAGGGCUUUUCGCAAAGCUUCAGCUUCAACCGCAACGACACGGGAUUAACUGCACAGCUCUCCACUCAGCUCUCCUCCCAGCAGUCGGGGUCGUUGGCACAGCCGGCGGCGGAUGCCGACGACGAUGAGUACGACUCGAAUGAUGAGCAGGCCAUGCUCAGCAGAUAUGCCCAGAGAUGCAAUCCAGAGAAGAUUCACAAGGUCCGUUCUGCUCUACUCCAGCUGGGGCAUCAGAUUCCCAGCCAGAAGGAAGAGGUCGAACAGGAGGUGCAAGCGUAUCAGCAGACCAUGCAAGACCGUCUAACUCGCCUGGGAGUCUCCGGCCCCGGCGGUGCAAGCACCGUGUCUGCGGACCCCUCGGAAGCUGUGAAGGAUGCUCUGUUGCGCUACCACAGCGCCUGCGAGAAGUUGGGAAAGCUCUACGCCUUCGAAAAGCCCAAGCGAGAUGCCCCGCCGGACAUGGAAGCACGAAGGCAGAUCGCACGCUUCGUGAGAGAUCUAAAGGAGGCAGAUCCCGAUCGCUAUGGACCGACGGAGGCCCGGCGAGUGAGCGUGAUCCAAGUGGAACCGUUGAUAGAGCCCACGCAGGAGCCGAUGACCGCGGAUGACCGCGGACCGGAGAGUGCGGCGCAGGGGCGGGGUGCACCGGGGAAGGUGGUGCGACCCUUGGUCGCCGCGGACCUGGCGGGCCACACCCUGUGGGUGGACGUGCAUGGGCCUUUGCUCCGCUUCGCUUAUGCUCAGCCCUUGUACCAUGUAGGCAUCAUCCAGCGGUUCCUCCUUUUUGCCAAGGAGCUUCAGUCCUACGGAGCCACUCCGAUCUUUGUUUUCGAUUCCAACCGCCCCAAGGAGGCAAAGGUGCGACACACCUUGCUGAAGCGAGAUGGCGAGUGGAUCCAGAGGAGCAAGCAAAGCCAAGAGGAGCACCGACAGCUCAAGUCCCUGAUCACCCAACUGGCUGAGUCUCGUGGCCAGUUGGAGGAUGCGGCAGGACAGAAGCGGAACAGCUUCAAGUUGGCGGAACACUACGCACGCAAGAGCAUACGGAUCGGAGCGGGUUUGCUGCAGAAGUUAUACGACGAGUUGGAGAAGGAGGACUGGAAGGUUUGUGUGGCGAGCCGUGGUGACGCGGAAGAAGAAGCCGCCAAGCGCUGUGGUUCCGGAUCCUUUGUCGCUUCGGAAGAUUUGGAUGCGCUGAUCUAUGGUGCACCCAGGUUGAUCAGUGACUCGGGAAAGAAGAACUACAUGCUGAAGCAUCGGAGGUAUGCAGUAGAGCUUUAUAAGCCAGUCCUGAUUUAA